CGCGACUCCCAAGUUCCUGCCAACCCCAACCUCCUGGGCACAGCCGCUCAGAAGCCCUGACCACACAUCCUCGGUCUCCCUUACCCCUAGCCUACGGACUCAAAGCUCUCCAGGGCCGGGGAUGCCACGCCGGCCGGGCCUCCACGGGCCCCUUCUGGUUGCCUGCAUUACUUCCCUCCGCGCCUACAGCUGGCCUCUCUGCUCUUUCAUUCUACCCGCUAGAACCAGCCGGAAACCCAGAGGACAAAGCUCUCGGACGCGUGGGGCCGGUGCAAACCGCCCAAAGGCGCUGCUUCCCCCGGCGCUUCGGUCCGGCGACCUGACCCCACAAAGGACCCGGAGUCCUCGGUUGCCUAGAAACAGGGCGAGCUUCCCCCUCUUUGGUUCUCCGCCUCCUCCUUCCCCAAGGCAUUUCCGGUUCCGGCUGCGGGCCGGAGAAGACAUGGCGGCGUCUGCGUCGGCGGCUGGCGGCGAGGAGGACUGGGUUCUUCCCUCUGAAGUUGAAGUAUUAGAAUCUAUCUACCUGGAUGAACUACAGGUGAUGAAAGGAAACGGCAGAUCUUCACCAUGGCAGAUCUUCAUCACUCUGCACCCAGCCACUGCAGAUGACCAAGACUCACAGUACGUCUGCUUCACUCUGGUGCUUCAGGUCCCAGUGCAGUAUCCCCAUGAGGUGCCACAGAUCUCUAUCCGUAACCCCCGAGGACUUUCAGAUGAACAGAUCCACAAGAUCUCACAGGCGCUGGUCCAUGUGGCAAAGGAGGGACUAGGCACAGCCAUGCUCUAUGAACUCAUUGAGAAGGGGAAGGAAAUUCUCACCGACAACAACAUCCCUCAUGGCCAGUGUGUCAUCUGCCUAUAUGGUUUUCAGGAGAAGGAGGCCUUCACCAAAACGCCCUGUUACCACUAUUUUCACUGCCACUGCCUUGCUCGGUACAUUCAACACAUGGAGCAAGAGCUGAAGACACAAGGGCAGGAACAGGAACAGCAGCAUGCUGCCACCAAACAGGCAGUCGGUGUGCAGUGUCCCGUGUGCAGGGAGCCCCUCGUGUAUGAUCUUGCCUCGCUGAAAGCAGCCCCUGAGCCCCAACAACCCAUGGAGCUGUACCAACCAAGUGUAGAGAGCUUGCGCCACCAGGAAGAGCUCAAGCGGCUCUACCAGAGGCAGCAGGAGCGAGGUGGCAUCAUCGAUCUUGAGGCUGAGCGGAAUCGGUACUUUAUCAGCCUUCAGCAGCCUCCUGCCCCUCUGGAGCCUGAGUCAGUAGUAGAUGGUUCCAGAGGAACCCAUCCACCUAAUGCCCUUGCUGCGGAACAAUCCACCUCACCAGAUGCCCAAUCCACUCUGCCAACUCCUCUACCUGUGGCCACCCAGUGUGCAUGUGAGAAGAUAACAAGGGCUGGGUCAAAUCAGCAGAGGUUGGGUGAGACCCAGAAAGCUGUGCUAGAUCCCCCACGGCCUGGUCGAAGUUCCUGGCGACAGUCUGAUCGGAAGCACCUGAAAGGAGGCGAGUACUGUGCCCCAAAAGGUACCAGUGAUGCCCAGGAACUGCCACCUCCUGGCAGGCCCCUCAAGGAGCCUGUGGACUUAAAGUCAGAAUCCCAUAACCAAGGGCUUGAAGGUCUUCCCAGGAAAAAGGGGCCUGGUGGCUGGCAGGGGCCCCCAUCCCGCAGGACUCGGGACUGUGCUCGCUGGGAACGUUCUAAAGGCCGGACACCGGGUACUUCCUACCCCCAUCUACCUAGAGGCCAAGGAGCAUACCGGCCUGGUACUCGGAGGGAGCCUCUGGGUUUGGAAUCUGAGGAAGGCUCCUAGCAGUACUGUGGGGGGGACAGGGAACUGGGGAUGGGAAUGGGGCAAUAAAGAUUUGGCCUUGUUAGGCUUUCUUUGCU